CGCAACAACUAAUUACUUAAUAUCUGGGAAUAUACACUUGUUUGACAUAUACAAUUGCGACGAUGUGUGUAAAAUCUUACAACACGAUAAAAAUUUUACAUAAGCUAAAGCAAUUAAAAAAAGUCUUCUUACAAUUCAAGACAAUUUCCAACAGUUCUCUUCUACGUUUAAUUAUUAAAAUUUUACCAGAAGGGACAAUUAAAAUACUUAAUCAAGUUAAAAACGUGGAUUCGAAAUCGAUCAAAGUUAGUUACUCAUCACAGACGGCAGUAUGCAUUCAAAAGAAGAGGAUUAUAUCAACAACGGGUAUUACGCUUGGAAUCUUCGAUUAUUUAGAUUAAUCGGUCUAUUGGAAUACCACUCAUCGUUGAAACAACAGAUUUACAUUUGUUCUAUAAAUAUUAUAAUACUCGUAGAAUUAAGUCAAUUGAUUUAUAUAUUUUUUACAUCAGAACCAAAAGAAAAUUUGCUCACCGAAUUAUUGGAAAAUCUCUUGCCUACUCUAUGCUUCGGGUCUUGCUAUUGGAACCUAUUGUUGAAGGAUGCAAUUAUGAAGAAAAUUAUGCGUCGUAUUAAUUGUGAUUGGAUAGAUUUUGCAGACAAGCCGGAGUUAAUAAUAUUAAAAAAAUAUGCGAAUGUAAGCAGACAAUCUACUAUUAUAAUCGCAAUUUGUUUUUACAUCUAUAUUAUCUUAUUGAUAUUUCCAUCUUUAUUACGUAUCUUUCAAUAUGUUUUUGGUGUAAUAAGUGAAACUGAAUUAAUAUUACCAUUUCGUUUUGACUAUUUUACAAAAAAUCUAUUGUUUUACUUUACUACACUUUUGUACGAAUACAUAGCUCUGUGCAUUAUCUGCAUGAUAGGAGUAGCUAACUAUUCAAUGUUCAUAGCAAUUAUACAGCAUGUCUGUGCACUGUUUAAUAUCAUCGAAUGGAGAGUAAAUGAUUAUUUAAAAAAAACAUCAUACAACAAUUAUCGUCCGUUUACUCAGGAAGAGGAAAACGAGUGGAUCGUCGGUAUAAUAGAAUUAUACAAUAACGCACUUAAGUUGGUAUCUCAUUUUAUAAAGAUAUUAUUGCAAAUUCGUAUUAUAUGUGCAAAUUGCUAAUAUUAAUAUUACAAUAUUUCUUUUACUUCUCCAGUUUUGUCGAUUUAAUAAAAUUGUUUUAUGAGACAAUUUAUAUAUUCGAAGGAUUCUUCGCGUCGAUUUUAAUUAUUGUAGAUUAUAUUUACGUAAGUAACAUAUAUGUCGUAAAUUAAAAAUUGCAAAAAUAUCGCAUCGAGGUAUAAAACAUAGAAAUUUGUUAUUAGUUAUUUCAGAUACUUUGUUUUAACCUAAAUGCGAAUGAAGGAAUAAGAAAAUUUUGU